CCUCCUCUCCUCCUCCCUUCAGAAGCCCCUCCUCCUCUCCUCUCUUCAGACCCUCCUCCUCCUCUCCUCCUCCCUUCAGAAGCCCCUCCUCCUCCCUGUCCUCAGCUGUCAGUCAUGUGUCUGCUGGUCCUGUGGAGCUGGAGGCUCGGAAGAGGAGGAAGAGGAGGCAGCAGCAGGUGGCUGACACCAUGAAGAGGAGACGUCCUCAGCUCACACUGCAGCCUGACGACAACCAGACAG